GUUUAAUUCACCCAUUGGUAUCCUAUCCAAACAACCAUUUCUAUACUUUCUGAUCAUGCCACCCAAAACGCAAGCAAAGAAUUCAGUAGCCAACCGACCGUUGCCCAAGACGCAACCUGCUAACAAGCAGCUCCCAAAGGCGCAAAUGCCCAAAAAGCAGCCGCCCAAACCCCAGCCUGCAAAGAAACAACCGCCAAAGCAAGCGCCACAGCAGCAGAGCUGGUUCACACGCACCACAAACGCUGCUGCAUCAGGCAUCGGUAAUCUUGGAAAUGCAGCCGUGACUGCAGUUGGCAACGGAGUUUCGGGGGCAGGCAAGGGAGCAGGCGCCAGUAUUACCAAUUCGAGUCGAACAUGGGGCGAGAGCAUCCGCGAGUACGGAAAUUCCAUCAAAGAUGCGACCGGCGCUGGCGGCGCUCGAGGCGUGUCUUCGAAGAACCCGCUCGGUUUGGUGAGCACCCCUUCUGGAGCUAAAGCCAUCAUGGGAUCGACGUCUGGGCCCACGCCUAGAAAGGGGACUGGGAGCAAUCCCUUGGGCUUGUAGGCCGUAUGAGCAUGCAAUAAAUUGCAACGAUAGGACUUCUUCUGGGUUUGGCGUUUGGGUCGUGG